AUGACAAUUACUUCAGUUUACGGUUACAAGCUUGCUGGCCGUGAUGAUACCGACCUGUGUAUAUUUGAUUUUACAUGUCCUGAACUAGAUUCAGCUAAUCCAUGGGAAAUGUAUACAAAUAUUCAUGAUCGAUAUGGUUUCAUUCACUGUAAGCACGGUAUGGCACAUUGUAAAUCAUGUGCACCUGCUCAUCAAGCAGCGCCACAUCAAGCAGGACCUCUGGUUUGGGAUGACAAUCAAAAGAGGUGUGAAUGGGAAACUACGUCACGAAUCUGCGGUGAUUUCGCUUGUCCACAAGUGCAUGAUGAUGAAAAUUCCGUUCAAGUGUAUUCGGAUCCGAGCAAUAUAUAUGGGUUUAUUCAUUGUUCACAUGGUAUUGCCUACUGCAAAAUGUGUGCACCAGGUCAUCCACUUGAUCCACAUCAAAAGGGACCACUACUCUGGAAUAAUGCAUUGAAAACAUGUGUUUUUCCAGAGACAAAAUUAAGAGCUUUAGUGAAUUAUGGACGACGAAAGAACAGGCCAGAAAUAUUUUCAGUGUUUGAUUUACGAAACUGGUGUAACGAACAUAAUGAAGAUAUAAAUAAUAUUUUCGUAUUCUUUACCACAAAACAAUUAUUCCAACAAAUUCGAUUAACAACAUAUUUACAAGUUGACGCAACAUAUAAAAUCACGUGGAAUGAACUACCUCUGCUGGUGUUCGGCUCAACGGAUGCCAAUCGUCAUUUUAAACCAUUUGGAAUUGCACUAAUUUAA